GUAACGAAGUGAAAAGGGGGCGAAAUGGGAAAGGACGAAGAGCUGCUCGAGGCUGCAAGGAACGGCAGUGUGGUCGUCGUCGAGAAGAUCCUUGGACAGAGGGCCAAAAGGAGUGGCCCCCUUGCAAGUUUACGUCGAGGACCGGGCGUCAACGUCAGGGAUAGCAGUGGAUUCUCAUCCCUUCACCAUGCAGCCCUGAAUGGUCACAAGGAUAUUGUGCGAUUAUUAUUAGAGCACGAUGCGCUGACGAAUAUCGUCGAUUCGAAAGGUUCGAGCCCUCUGCACUUGGCCGCAUGGUCAGGCAACGUGGAUAUCGUAAGGUUGAUGCUGAGCGGUCAUUCCUAUUGUGAUGUUAAUUUAAAGUCAAAGGACGACGAGACUGCCCUUCAUUGUGCAGCUCAAUACGGCCACACGGCAGUCGUGGCGGUCUUAUUGGAGCACGGAUGUGACCCAGCUAUUAGGAAUAGUCGAGGCGAGAAUGCUUUGGAUCUUGCUGCUCAAUAUGGAAGAUUAGAGACCGUCGAAUUGCUAGUUCGACGACACCCCUUCUUGAUACAACAGAUGCAAAGGUUCAUUCCGGGCACAAAGUUUCCGCACACUCCAUUGCAUUUAGCAAGCAGAAAUGGUCACAAGGUAGUCGUCGAAGUCCUUUUACGUUCAGGUUUAGACGUUAACAUUUUGACACCGGCGGGAACGGCACUCCACGAGGCCGCACUUUGCGGGAAAUUUGAAGUAGUUAAGACGCUGCUGGAAUACGGUGUCGAUCUGCACAUAAAAGACGCUCACAAUUACACUGUUAAGGAUCUGCUGAGCCAAUUUCCAGCGCAGGCGACGCAAGAGAUCAUGGCACUUUUGAAACGAUAUAAGAAAAUGCGACAUUACGUGGACUCGGAUGGUGAAAGUUUUACACAGCCGUUCCCGUCGAUCCCCAAUAUGGAUUCGGAUUUGGGAAGUCCAUAUGAAAACGUUCGGCCGUGCUCAAGGGGUCGAUCCGUAACCACGGAUCCGUCGCCAGGCUCAUCUCCACACCGAUGGGAUUUCCACAGACAAGCUAGAUCCGUUGACUGCGUCGAAGAUCGCAGAAUAUCCGGAACGUCGGCCACAUCAAUGCUACGCGAAUUUCUGUACAGAAGUUUGCCUCCGAAACGAAGGACGCGGAAAUCAAUCAAAAUGCACUCAUUGCAUGAGCUAAACGCUUCAACGCCGGCAUUGGAUAGCAUCGCGUUUUCAUUUAGUGAGCAAUUACAAUUAGAGAAAAGUACCGAUCGGCUCAGCUCCGUUGUAUCGAGCUAUGUUCAUUGUUCUAGGGAAUCGGAUAAUAGCUUAUAUCAAAUACAUUGUGCUCCGAAGGCAUUCAUGGACUCUAGCGUCCAUUCGGAUGAUAUAUAUUUGUACAAUCGCGGAGACGUGGACUGUCUAAGUCUGUCGUCUACCACCUCGAGCACUGGCUAUCCGAGGCGAUCGGACAGUAUUGGCGCUCCGCCACUCUACAUGCCCAUGAAUAAUGCACGAGGGGGACACAGUCCCAGCAGCUCCAACACUAAAGUCUCGCCAACGCCGCCAAAAAAGCCACCGAGACGAAAUCUGUCCGUCUCUCCGACGCACCUGCAAACCAUGUCAUCUUCCGCAGAAUGCUACAGCAACAAUGCAUACGAAUAUUUAUACUUAUCCCAUUCCGGUACUCGAAGCCAAAACAAUAUCAAUGAUCUCGAGCAGGAGACUCGCAGGGAACGAAUGGUGCAUGGACGAAGCGUCGAUCAGUACGUAGAAAUGAACAGCGUGUUCAAUAUCAAUUUAGAUGAUGAAGAGAAACCAUCGUCGAAAGAAUUGCACAGAGGGAAGAGCGAGGAUCUCGACGCGAGCCGGUCAAAAGAACCAGUUGCAAUAACAUCUGUUUAUGAGAACAUGCUCAUCAAGCAGCAGAAUCCGCGCAGGAAAUUGAGGAGGCAUCCAGGCUUCGAUAAGCACAACCAGAAUGUUUACGAGGAAUAUGAACUUCCAAGGCGUCUAGGAGACAUCAAGACGGCGGGCUCUUCCAUUCCCGAAAACACGUUCAUCUCAAACGCGUACAUUAUGAUCAGGGAUAGUUAUUCGGAUGACGAUGAAAAAGAUAGAACCAUUAAGAAAAUGGUAAUCACCAAUAGUACUCCGUUAAGUCCGACGCAUUAUCAGCAGCCCCCAACUCCAGACCAUCCGCCGCCAUCGGCGUUACAAGCAGAAGCAUUUAUACAUGAAAGUAUUAGACCUUUAAGUCAGGAGUACAAAAGAAGAUCAAAGGAUAUGGAGACGGAAACGGAGGAUGAAUAUUUAUUAAUGUGCGACGAAUCAAGCGGCAGCUUUUCCAGCAGUGUUUCACUCUCGGAUAAAAGCGUCGAUAACGUUGUCGAGGAAUAUCACUCGGAUGCCCCAUUCGCAGGUUUAAUUAAAGGCUCGACCAAAGUAUUGGAGAACAUCAAUUCGAAUAAGCAGUUGCUAGAGCGCCCGAAGACUUUGAAGAAACUUAAACGCGUUUACGACAACGGCAGCGAAAGUAUCAAGAGCAGCGAAAAGUCUGGUAGCAACUCGUCCGGUUCGGACAAGGAGUUGGAGAAUAAGGAAAAUAAGGUCGCUACUUUAAGUCCAUUUGAUGAGCAGGAGGAGUGGGCGAAGAUACAAGAAAUUAUGGCAUCGUUUGGGUCGGGUAUUGUGCGCGAAUCGGUGUUUGUUGCGGAGCUCGAGAAGGAAUUCCAAAACAGACUAAUGAGUCUGAACUGUUCGCGCAGUAGUCUGAAUGAGAGUCCGAUGACCAUAGAGUCUUGGUUGCAAAGUUUGGAGAUGAUGGAUUACGGUGGUCUCUUCGCAAUUAAUGGGUUCGAUGAUGUUAAUUUUUUGAACGAAGUACUCGAUGACAACGAUUUGAAAGACAUGGGGAUAUCGAGCGAGUUGGAACGACGAAUCAUAUUGGACGGUUGUAAGCAAUUGCCGGUGAAGAUCAAUGAGCGGGGAUCGUGCAAUAACAAUAUUAAUGAGAGUAAGGAAACGGUGGAUGGAUGGUUGAAGAGGAUACACUUGGAGCAAUAUUCCGAGACGUUCGCUAAGCAUUUAUACCUCGACAUGGAACGCGUCAAAAGGAUCUGGGAUGUUGAAUUGUCGGCGGUAUUGGAUAUAGAGAAGGUUGGUCAUAGGAAGAGGAUUUUAAUGAGCGUCAGCAGCGGAGAGCACAUUUCUACGGGACCCAAACUCGAAGAUAUCAAUUCCGAUACGAACGUUCAGAAAACUAACAUUCAACAAUUCAAAUCUGAAAUGCGAUCGCCAUCCGUGAACGCCGACACGACAUCUGCUAACACCGCCGGUCAGGGAACAGGGGUUGUUAUUGGUACGGGAACGGGGACGAUUCGACAUCGUCACAAGAAAUCCCGGCCAGCUCCGCCGCCUCCGGUUUCCGCUCAGCCGAAGAAUGAACCAACGGAGGAAAAGAGUGCUCAAUCAGAGAUCUUCGUAGGUGGAAGCAACUCCAUAAAAGCGCAGUGGAGACACCAACCCAUUUUAUUAAUCACCGGAGUCGUCAAGUAUACAGUCAACUAUCUGGGUUCCACUGUGAUUAAGGAAUUUAAGGGGAACGAGUCGACGAAGAAAUCGAUCGCCAAGAUACGCAAGUCGAACGAGAAGAGCGUACAGGAAAUAAUCUUGACUAUCUCUUAUAGGGGUUUGAAGUUCAUCGAUUCCGAUACGCAAUGUUGCAUCUGCGAACACGAGAUCAGGAAUAUCAAUUGUGCGUGCCAAGAUCCUGAGGCGCGUUCCUACUUUGCAUACAUCACUAAAGAUCAAACCGAUUAUUAUUGCCACGUCUUCUCCACAGACACCGCAGAGCAGGCGACGGACAUCAUCCUAACAUUGGGACAGGCGUUCGAGCUGGCUUAUCAAAUGGCAUUGCGUGAUCAGGUCACUAGCAAAAGUAAGUUAAAUAGGGAGAGCAGCCACAAGCCUGCUGUGAGCCCGAGUUCCAGUCGCGAUUUCAAGGAUUCUUCGACAUCUAUGGCCCGCGCCGACCUUAAAUUAAAUGGGCAUCCUUUGAAGAUGAAACCGUUGACUCUUUCAAUAGCCGCGUCCUCUGAGCCCAUCAUCGAUACAGCACAGCAUACAGCCCUACAAAGAACGCCGACUAAAGUGAAUUUCAGUGAUGUAGAAGCGUAGGAUGGAGGGCAUUCAGAUGCGCAAGCUUCAGUAUACAACCGAACUCUAGACUUAAUUAAUCGUAUUGUGUAUGUGAUAUUUAUUAGUUUCAACAAAACAACUUUAAUUAUAUCUACAUUACAAAUAUUAUUAAUAAUAAUAAUAUUAAUAAAAACAAAUAAAUAAAUAAAAGUUAAAUGUAACGAAUAGGUAAGAUCUUAGGCUGGCCCUGGGAAUCGCAUUGCAAUAACACUGCCAUAUCUUUUUAAAAAAGAAUGUUAUAAACAUAAAAUGUAAUAUGCGUGUGUAAUAUGAAAGGUAUCUAUUAUCCUUUUAGUUAUAUGCAAAGAUUCUGUAAACAAUGCUCAAAGUUGAUUAUAUAUUAUAUAAUAAUAUUAUAUCGUUUAUCGCAAUAUGUACUAUGUAGUUGAACGAAAUUAUGCGCUGAUGAUACAUUUCUCAUUUUUUCAUAAGUUUACAAAUAACAAACAAACAAAUAAAUAAAUAGAAAGAAGCCAAAUAUCAGCAAUACUGUCGCUUGAUGAACAAGGUAGUUUUGUAAAUAACAGCGAGCAUCGAUCGGACGAUGUAACUCGCUGCAUGCAAUUUAACGUUAAAUACUUCGGGAACAAUUAUAAAAGUAAACCCAAAUAACGAAAUUAUAAUGAUCAUAUACAGACUUCUCGCAAUUGAAAUAAAUUGCGCAAAUAUUUAUCCACCACUGUACCUUAUAAACACAUAACGCCACAUUUCCAUCAUCAUCAUUAUCAUCAUCAUAAUUAUGUAAUAAAUUCUUCCAAAACAAUAAUUUACU